CUUUUUUGCUUUUUAGGGCUGCACCUGAAGCCUAUGGAGAUUGACUGUAGUGAGUUUCGGGACCCCAAAGUCUACUGUACCCGGGAAUCUAAUCCCCACUGUGGUUCCGAUGGCCAGACAUACGGCAACAAAUGCUCCUUCUGUAAGGCAGUGGUGAAAAGUGGUGGGAAGAUCAACCUGAAACACCCAGGAAAAUGCUGA